AUUUUAUGACUGCCUUGAGGACUAUACAUGCAAAAAGAUGAGGUUUCUAAGGUUUCCUCAAUGCUAGAAGAGCUUGUUGGGCCUGAAGGAGAAAGACAGCCAUCCGAUACAGAAAUAAGAACUGCUGUGUGGGAAGCCUGUGGGGAUUCUGGAGCUCUGCAAUUGCUUGUUGACCUUCUUCAGAAAAAGAUGAUGGACCUUGAAGAGAGUUCUGGAAUAGAGGAUUGUGAUUCCGAACUACUUGAGAAUGCAUGCAUUAUUGGAAGCCCUGAACAACAAACAAGCAAGGAGGUCGAUGACUUAGUCCGGCACAAGGUGAUGAGUAGGAACAGGUGGUGUAGCAUAGUGUAUCGAAAAGGGCAGAAGGAACCGACUCGUUUGUUCCUGAAGGAAGCGGAGCAUGCUCUGCAAUUAUCUCUAAGUGAAGGAAAUUGUGUUGUAUGACUUGCCCUUAUUCACAAUAAGCAGAUUUUCUAAGUUAGCUGCUCAUCAUUAUCUACGUUCUAGAUUUAGGGUACGUUUUUUUUUUAAAUUCCACAUUCAAAUGUGGCGUGUGCUAUACAAAUUCAUACUUUGCAAGGUGUGUUCCCUGUCA